AUGGAUGAAAAGUCCGUGAUUAAGAAGUACCGGCAGCGUGUCCACUUGGUCAACCCUUGGCUGCCGGAAGUAUGGGCGGAAUGGGAAUCCGAGCCCAGUGCUAUGUUCACGAAGAUAAACAGGGCUGAAUACCCGCCCCUGUUCGCGAAAAAGUCCUGGACGAAGGGCGUGCCACAGAAGGAUGCGGAGUCUUAUCUGAGGCCAUCGGAAACUAUAGGUUCCAGUUUUACCCCUCAGGCUCAAGAACUACGCAUCCAAGACCUGCACAGAAAAAGGAAAAAAUCCCGCCUUUUUUCAUUGACCGUAGACGGCCAGCUUGGGUAUCCGCCGAAGAAGACGAGGAAGGAGCUGGAGGAGCAGGAGAAGAAGGAAGAAGUAAAAAAGCAGACUAGUAGCGAGGACAAUUUGUUCGUGAACAUAGAGGACUUGCUGUCGGGGGAGUAUUGGAGGAGAAGGAAGGAGAAGGAGGCGAAGAAAAAGAAAGAGAGGAAGAUGAAAAACAAGAUCGACUUGUUGAAGUGGGAGGGCUUUCCUGACGAAUCCGAAAAACUGAAAAAACUUCAAGCAAUUCUGCCUCAGAGCCCUGAGGAUCAGAAAGCUUAUCUGUACAAGCAGUGUAAUAAAGAAAUGAACCAGCUGGUUAGAAUCCAAGACAUAGAUCGUAUGAUUUAUUAUUUGACAGAGGGUAUAGACUCAUCACAAAUCGCUCCAUACAACCAAGAGCUCCUACAGAGGGCCAAAGACAUAAUCCCUCCCAAAUACAAACUCUUGAGGGAGUACAAUCGCAUGAUAUCUAAGGACGAGAAAUUGGUCCUGAGGCUUUAUUGCAUUUUCAUGCGGAAGCAUCUUCUGACGUAUAUCCUUCACGACCCUGCGGAAUGGGACAGACUAGGUUUCAAGAGUUUUCCCAAAGACUUCCCUAUAAUGCUGGUACGUGCUCCCGUACCCUGGCACACCCAGUACUGCCUGAGCACCCAGUAUAUGGAGAGACACUAUUACAACAGCAACAUCAUCGUGAGGAAGAUCAGAGAUUUGUGGUUUAAAAAAUACGAGAACAUGCUGAUCCUCCCCUUAAACCGACUGGAAGAGGUGAACGCUUUUCCACUCCAACCUGCUCUUUUCGAAGAACAGGUGAAGCUGAUCUGCGACCGAUCUAGGCAGGUCUUGGUGAAGGAGUGGCUGCCGUCCUGCGCCGACAUAUUCCUCGAGUACAAGCAGCACUGGAAGCAGUACAUCCCCCUGAAACUGGUAGAUUCCGUGGAGAUCGUACAGAGGUUCUUCGCGUGCGUCAAUAUGCUGCUCUCUGUGCAGCUCAGGUCGUUGGUCAUGAAAAGUUUGAGGCACUUCGCUGACCUGAUCGUGAAAUUUAAGGGUGGAAACGAUUAUGGUAGUGAGUACCAAGAUCUAGCCUUGAUAAACCUUCCCAUAAUCACGGUGACAGUUACGCCCCACGUGGGCACGGAGAAGUUGACACUGACCCCGCCCUUGGAGGACAUUCAAGAGAUGUUGCACAGGUGUUUCAACAAAAUACUGGAUGUGAAUAAAAAUAUCCUUAAAAUUGAAAUUAUUAUGUUUCCGGAAUUUGCGACCUACGAGAGUUUCCUAUAUGCCGUGGAUGAAAAGGAAGAACCGGUGAGGAACAUUUUGGAUGGUAUGAUUCAAGCCUUAGCGACGAAUUUUGUCGGACCAAACAAAUAUCUGGCCUUAUACGAAAAGUAUUAUUACAUUCUGAAUGGGACUGCUGAAAAAGAGUUGAUGGACUUCUUCAAAAUCGAACCAUUUCCUUUUCUUAAAGAUUUCGCGAAAAAAAUUCGCAUGUACGAAGAACUCAAACAGGAAAUGAUCGAGUUGCGGCGCCACAUUCCCCUAAACCUCUUCUGCCUCGACUGCAGCGAGUUAAACGAGGCCCUUGUCACGAUUCUGGACAACUUGCGCAACUACAUAGUGAACUAUUACAUAACCGAGAACCACAACCAUAACAGAAGGAUCUGCGACACUUUCGACGAAAUGUCCCAAAAGGUCAGCGUCAGCCCGGAUACAGUUGCGGAAUUGGUGGAAUUACAAAACUACGUGGUGGAAUGUCGAGACGUGACAAUGUACAAUCUCAAGGAGCAAAUAAGGAAGACCGCGGAAUACGUGAUGUUCCUGAUGAACCACGCGCAUUUAUCGAUCGAGGACAUCAACCUGAACUGUCGCGUCUUCAUAUGGCCCAAAGACAUGGAAUCCGUGGUGGAGCUGGCCAUCCAAAGGCUGAACAUGAAACGCGACCAAGCGGAGACCUUCCUGAAGAACAAGAGGGUCCAGUUCGACGUCAAACUGAAGAAGCACGAGAAGCUGCUGGUCGCCUUCAAGAAAAAAGAUCCCGCCAUCCUUUCGAUGGAGGAGAUGGAAGAAAACGUCGCCCAGGUCGAGAACCUCGUAGCGAAAUUGGAAGAGGACAAAGCCGAAGCGGAACAAAUAAACGAGGAGGAGCAACUCUUGGACAUAGAUCCUUCACCGUUCAUGAACCUGUACAAGAUGCUGGCCGUGGUGGAGCCCUACGACAAAUUGUGGCACAACGUGUUGGAUUUCCAUGUGAAGUACGACGAAUGGUAUUACGGUCCUUUUGCUGGUUUGGACGCAGACGAAGUCACGGACUAUAUCGAUAAUGUUUGGAGAACCUUGUACAAGCUCGCCAAGACCCUUAGCGACAAUCCCGGCGCUAAAAGGGUAGCUGAGAUGGUGAGGGCGAAGGUGGAGAAGUUCAGGCAGUUCCUCCCGGUUCUGCAAACGGUUUGCAAUAAGGGAUUGCAGAAGCGACACUGGGACAUGAUAAGCGAAAUCGUUGGGGUGCAACUGGUCAUAACUGAGGAUUCGACUUUGAACGAUAUGAUCGAAGCGGGACUGCCGAAAUUCUCUCAGCAGCUAGAAGAGAUCAGCGGUGCUGCUACCAAGGAAUACGCCCUCCAGAAGAACCUGGCCAAGAUGAAGGACGAGUGGGUGGACAUCAAAUUUGAAUGCGUACCGUAUAGAGACACCGGUGUCAAUAUACUUACCGCCGUCGACGAUAUACAGGUGAUGAUGGACGACCACAUCCUGAAGGCUCAGACUAUGAGAGGUUCGCCUUACGUGAAGGCUUUCGAGGCUGAGAUGCAGGCCUGGGAGGAGAAACUGAUAUCCAUGCAAGACAUACUGGAACAGUGGCUUAUAUGCCAAGCAACGUGGAUGUACUUGGAGCCGAUAUUCAGUUCCGAGGAUAUCAUGAGGCAGAUGCCGACCGAGGCGAGGAACUUUAAGAUGGUGGACAGGGUGUGGCGUGCGGUUCAGAACCACACCAUCAAGGAUACCCACGUCAUCAUAGCGACAGAGUACAAGAACAUGCUGUCGCUGCUAAAGGAGAAUAACAGGCUUCUUGACGACAUCCAGAAGGGUCUCAAUGACUAUUUGGAGAAGAAGAGGUUGUUCUUCCCCAGAUUCUUCUUCCUGUCCAACGACGAGCUCCUAGAGAUCCUCUCUGAAACCAAAGAUCCCCUCCGCGUUCAGCCCCACCUCAAGAAAUGCUUCGAGGGUAUCCACCAACUAGACUUCACCUACGACGAAGAGGUGAUAGGCAUGAUUAGCGCCGAGAAGGAAGUGGUACCUUUCAGCGGCAAGAUCAUCCCUGCUGACGCCAAGGGUAUGGUGGAGAAGUGGUUGGUGCAGGUCGAAACCAUAAUGAUCCAGUCGCUCAAGGACGUCACGUCCGAGUCCAUCAAGCAUUACCCGACGGUGGAUAGACCGGAUUGGAUCCUGCACUGGCCGGGACAGGUGGUGCAGUGCGUGGAUUGCAUCCAGUGGACGACGGAAGUGACCACCGCCAUCUUCCAAGGGACUCUGCAGGAGCAGGAGGCUCUGUGUACGGAACAGAUUGAACAGAGCGUGAAGAUGGUGCAGGGGAAGUUGAAGCCCAACAAUCAGGUCACUGUUGAGGCGUUGAUCGUGAUAGACGUGCAUUGUAGAGACAUCGUCAAGAAGCUUAAAGAGAUAAACGUGUCGUCUAUAGCGGAUUUCAACUGGAUCUCCCAGUUGAGAUACUACUGGGACAACUUCUUGGUACGCGUUUCUAUGAUCACGACCGACGUCAUGUAUGGAUUUGAGUAUUUAGGCAAUACAGGGCGAUUAGUAGCCACGCCGUUGACAGACAGAUGCUACAGAACAUUGAUGGGGGCCCUGAAACUGAACCUUGGUGGAGCCCCCGAAGGACCCGCUGGGACGGGAAAGACGGAGACCUGCAAGGAUCUGGCCAAAGCCGUGGCCAAGAAAUGCGUGGUUUUCAAUUGCUCUGACGGGUUGGACUACAAAGCGCUUGGAAAAUUCUUUAAGGGCUUAGCUCAGGCCGGCGCGUGGGCUUGCUUCGACGAGUUCAACAGGAUCGAACUCGAGGUGCUAUCAGUGGUCGCCCAACAGAUUCUCAGCAUACAAACCGCUGUAGCGGCUAAGCUGAAGAAGUUUGUCUUCGAGGGUACCGAAAUUACUUUGGAUCCCACUUGUACCUGUUUCAUUACGAUGAACCCUGGUUACGCUGGUCGUCAGGAGCUGCCUGACAAUUUAAAGGUGCUUUUUAGGACGGUGGCCAUGAUGGUGCCAGAUUACGCGAUGAUAGGAGAAAUAUCUUUGUACUCCUACGGAUUUGUCCAAGCUCACAGCUUGGCGCAGAAAAUCGUUCACACCUAUAAGUUGUGCUCGGAGCAGCUGUCAUCUCAAAACCACUACGAUUACGGGAUGAGAGCGGUGAAAUCGGUUCUACUAGCUGCCGGAGCCCUCAGAAGGUCUUAUCCGGAGUCAGCGGAGGAUCAGUUGGUGCUGAGGGCGAUCAUAGACGUAAAUUUGCCCAAGUUUUUGGCACAGGAUGUCCCCUUAUUCGAAGGCAUCUUCUCCGAUCUCUUUCCCGGAGUCAAAUUACCCGCUUUCGAAAGGGCGGAGCUCAUCGAGUGUCUAAUAGCCGAAAUCAAAAAGAGGAAUCUACAGCCGACACCCUGGUUCGUCGAGAAGUGUAUGCAGGUGUACGAAAUGAUCCUCGUACGACACGGUUUGAUGAUAGUCGGCAGGCCUAUGGGCGGGAAAACUUGCGCGUAUCAGAGUCUAGGGGACGGCCUGGGCCGUCUGGGGCAACGAAGGAACGCCAAACUGGUGGAACACAACGUCAUAUACAAGAUAAUCAACCCCAAGGCCAUUUCCAUGGGUCAACUUUACGGUCAGUUUGACCCCGCGUCUCACGAGUGGUCAGACGGUGUCCUCGCGACGACCUUCCGCGAAUUCGCCAACAGUUCUUCUUUGGACAGAAAGUGGAUACUGUUCGAUGGACCGGUGGACGCCGUUUGGAUCGAGAACAUGAACACCGUGCUGGAUGAUAAUAAGAAGCUGUGUUUGAUGUCUGGGGAAAUCAUACAGAUGUCCAAUCAGAUGAACCUGAUCUUCGAACCCGCUGAUUUGGAACAAGCGUCGCCGGCAACAGUUUCUAGAUGUGGUAUGAUUUACAUGGAACCCGCUCUGUUGGGUUGGCAGCCUCUGAUGGAGUCGUACAUGACCACUUUGGAGAAGUACCUGUUACCCGAGCAGAGGGAACUGCUGGCGGAGUGCAUAGAAUGGUUGGUGCCUGCGUGUUUGGAAUAUAUCAACGGACAUUGCAAGAAGUUCGUCGAGACCUCGGAUAUUCAUUUGUUUCACUCCUUCACCCGUAUCUUUACCUGCAUGCUGAGGGAGGAGAACCAGGUGAGCACCGUCUGGCUGCAGAACGUGUUCAUAUUCUGCAUAGCCUGGGGGUUAGGAUCCACGCUGACCGCGGACGGGCAGAGAAAGUUCGAUGUAUUUUACAGGAAAAUCUUAAACGGCGACAACAAAAACUACCCCAAGUCGAAGUCGUUCAAACUGACCAAGAGCCAGAUAUUUCCGGAGAGGUCGAUCAUCUUCGACUGGGUCUACGACAAGAAGAACAACGGUAGCUGGAUCGCGUGGGUCGAGACGGUGGACAAGGUCCAGCAGAUUCCGGCUACAGCAAAAGCCAGCGAACUGAUCAUCCAGACCAACCAGUCCUGCUGCCAGAGGUUUUUCCUGAAGAUGUGCCUCACCAACGACAUCCCCAUCCUCUUCGUGGGCCCCACCGGCACCGGGAAAACCGCGGUGGUGCUGGACCACCUCCUCAACCUGCCCAAGGAGAAGGUCUUACCCAAUGUGAUAAACUUCAGCGCCAGAACCACAUCCGGCAUGACACAAGAAAUGGUCAUGUCGAAGUUGGAUAAAAGGCGAAGGGGUGUUUUUGGACCUUCCAUGGGAAAGAAGUGUAUACUUUUCGUCGACGAUGUCGGAAUGCCGCAAAAGGAGACCUGGGGGGCGCAGCCACCUGUCGAACUCCUGCGGCAAUGGAUAGAUCACGGUCACUGGUUCGAUAGGGACACUUCGACACUGCAACUGGUGGACAUUCUGUUCGUGGGUGCCAUGGGAGUACCUGGCGGGGGGAGAAACGAGGUAACCGACAGAUUCUUGAGACACAUGCAGAUAAUCUGCCUGGAUUCUUUCGACGACAGCACACUGAACAAGAUAUUCGUCACUAUAUUAGACUGGCACUUGGGUAAAGGUUACGUGGAAAACGUUGCGAGACAGUCGAAGUUUUGCGUUGGAGCAACGCUAGACGUAUACAAAGACGCGACGUUAAGCUUCCUGCCGACGCCCACCAAAUCCCACUACACCUUCUCCUUGAGGGACUUCUCCAGGGUUAUAAACGGCAUGUUGCUCACCCCUCCCUCCCGUAUGGCCGAUCCGGAUAAAUUCAUUAGGCUCUGGGUGCACGAGACGUACAGGGUGUUCCACGAUAGGUUGAUCGACGACAACGACAGGAGUAUGCUGUUCGAGAUCGUGAAGAAGUCCUGUUAUCAGAACUUCAGACAACAUCUGAAUAGGGUCUGUGAAGACAUUGUCCCAGAGGGGGAGACCUUAGGUCCACAGCAUAUCAGGAACUUAUUCUACGGGAAUUACAUAGAGCCAGACGCCGAACCGAAAGUUUACGACGAGAUAACCGACAUGGAAGACUUGAUACAGAAAAUGGAGUUCUACUUGAAUGAAUACAACCUCAUAUCGAGAUCUCCCAUGAACCUAGUCAUGUUCAAAUUCGCUAUAGAGCACGUCUCCCGUGUCUCCCGAGUGCUCAUGCAACCCAACGGUAACGUUCUCUUGGUGGGAAUAGGUGGGUCUGGUAGGCACAGUUCAGCUAAGUUAGCCGGCGCCAUGGCCGAAUACAGCGUAUACCAAAUUGAACUGAGCCGGACUUAUGGUAUCCCGGAUUGGAGGGAAGAUUUGAAGAAGUUGCUGAUGAAGGUCGGAAUCGAGGGGAAACCAUUGAUUUUCCUUUUCGCGGAUACCCAGAUCGCGGAUGAAAUGUUCAUCGAGGAUAUUAAUACAGUGUUAAACACUGCAGACGUACCAAACUUGUACGCUCCCGAUGAGAAGGCGGACAUCUUGGAAAAGAUGCAGACCGCUGCAAGAGAUAGUGGAAAAAAAAUUGAACCCACCCCUCUAGCCCUCUACAACUUCUUCAUCGAAAGGGUGCGCAACAACCUUCACGUCGCCCUUUGCAUGUCCCCCAUCGGAGAUUCUUUCCGAGUGAGGUGUAGAAUGUUCCCGUCGCUCAUCAACUGCUGCACAAUCGAUUGGUUCCAAGACUGGCCCGACGACGCUUUGGAGAGGGUGGCCAACAUGUUCCUCUCCCAAACUGGCAUCGGAGAGGCGAUGACGGAGCAGUGCGUUCUGAUCUGUAAACACUUCCACGUCACGGUGCAGGAAGCUUCCCUAAAGUUCUUCAAGGAACAGAGAAGGAAGACCUAUAUCACUCCUACUUCGUAUUUGGAGUUAAUCCAGACGUUCAAGCACUUGUAUGAGUUGAAGGUGGACCAGAUAACUAUGCAGAGGAACAGGUACGAGACUGGGUUGGACAAACUGGAUUUCGCAGCGGGGCAGGUCGGCAUCAUGCAGGAGGAACUUCACGCCUUGCAGCCCAAGUUAAUCGUGGCGUCUGCGAAGACCGAGAAGCUCAUGAUCAAGAUCGAGCAGGAUACGGUGGUGGUGGAGAAACAAAAGGAGAUUGUUGGUGCAGAUGAAGCCCUAGCCAAUGAGGCAGCUGCGGCAGCCCAGGCGAUAAAAGACGAUUGCGAAUCCGACUUAUCGGAAGCCAUCCCUGCCUUAGAAGCGGCAGUGGAUGCUUUGAACACCUUGAAACCCGCGGAUAUCACUCUAGUAAAAUCCAUGAAGAAUCCGCCCUCAGGCGUAAAACUUGUGAUGGAGGCUAUAUGCGUUAUGCGACAAAUCAAGCCGGAAAGAAAACCAGACCCCUCAACCGGAAAAAUGGUAGAGGACUUCUGGGGACCUUCGGGAAAGCUUUUGGGAGACAUGAAGUUCCUGGAGAAUCUGAAGGCGUACGACAAGGACAACAUUCCUCUUCCGGUGAUGAAAAGAAUACGCGAUAGGUAUAUCCCCGAUAGAGAAUUUGAUCCCGAACGGAUUAAAACCGUGUCGACGGCGUGCGAAGGUUUAUGCAAAUGGGUGCGAGCCAUGGAGGUGUACGACAGAGUCAUCAAAAUCGUCGCCCCGAAGAAAGCCAGACUGGAAGAGGCUGAAGCCGAAUUGGCUGCACAAAUGGACACUUUAAAUGCUAAGAGGGCGCAGCUUCAAGAAGUUGCAGAUAAACUGCAGGCGCUGAACGACGAGUUCGCCGCCGAGACGAAGAAAAAGAAAGACUUGGAGGACGAGAUACACCUUUGCUCUCAGAAGUUAGACAGAGCGGAAAAACUCAUAGGCGGCCUUGGCGGGGAAAAAACGAGAUGGUCCGACACGGCCAAGCAGUUGCAAGGCUUGCUUAACAACGUUAUCGGCGAUGUCGUUUUGUCAGCGGGUACAAUAGCAUACUUGGGGCCGUUCACUGUGGAUUUCAGGCAGGAACUAAUAAAGAACUGGAAUGCAUAUUCUUUAAAUUCUGGUAUACCGUGUUCGCAAAACUUUUCCCUCGUGACAACGAUGGGUGAACCGGUGGUUAUAAGAGCUUGGAAUAUCGCUGGACUGCCCGUUGAUAAUUACAGCAUAGAAAAUGGAAUCAUUGCGACUACCGCUAGGAGGUGGCCCCUGAUGAUAGACCCCCAAGGUCAAGCCAACAAGUGGGUGAAGAACAUGGAGAAGAACAACAGACUCCAGGUGAUAAAACUAACAGAUGGUAACUACGUGCGCGUCCUGGAAAAUGCCAUAACAUUUGGCACUCCAGUCUUGUUGGAAAACGUCAACGAAGAUAUUGAUGCAGUCUUAGAUCCCAUCCUGGUGAAGAACAUCUACAAACAGAGUGGAGUUUGGUACCUAAAGCUCGGCGAUAACGUCCUAGAGUACUCCUUCGACUUCAGAUUCUUCAUUACGACGCGUUUGAGGAAUCCGCACUACUUACCCGAAAUCGCCGUGAAGGUUACCCUGUUGAACUUUAUGAUAACCCUGCAAGGGUUGCAGGACCAGCUGCUAGGCAUCGUGGUGGCCAGAGAGAAGCCCAUUUUGGAGGAAAAGAAGAACGCGAUGAUCGUGGAGAGCGCUAAUAACAAGAAAAUGCUGAAGGAAAUCGAAGACAAGAUUUUAGAGGUUCUUUCUUCAUCCGAAGGGAACAUCCUAGAAGACGAAACAGCUAUAAAAAUCCUUUCGUCGAGUAAAAUUCUGUCCGAAGAGAUCCAAGAGAAACAAAAACAGGCCGCGGUGACCGAGAAAGAGAUAGAUUUCGCUAGAAACCAGUACGUCCCGGUUUCCAGACACUCCUCUGUACUAUUUUUCUGUAUAUCCGAUUUGGCCAACAUAGAUCCGAUGUACCAGUACUCGCUGGGGUGGUUUAUAAAUUUAUACCAUCAAUCGAUUACGAAUAGCACCAAAUCCACUGUUCUGGAAGAGAGGCUUGGAUAUCUCAACAAUCAUUUCACGAGCAGCAUAUACAGGAAUGUGUGUCGAUCGCUGUUCGAGAAGGACAAACUGAUCUUUUCGUUUGUACUAACCGUGGGGAUCCUGAGGUACCAGGGAGGAAUCGACGAAGAGGUCUGGAAUUUCUUGCUAACUGGGGGGAUAGCGUUAGAAAAUCCUUAUCCUAACCCAUCGCCCGAAUGGUUGGCAGACAAAUCCUGGUCCGAGAUUGUGAGAGCUAGUAACCUAAAGGGCUUGGAAAAAUUUAGGGACUCUUUCCAAAACAACGUCCAUGAGUGGAAAAAAUUCUACGACGUGUCGAAUCCCCACGAAAUACCCUGUCCUGCACCCCUGCACAACUUAAAAGGGUUGCAGAGGCUCGUCGCUCUAAGAUGUAUAAGACCGGACAAAGUUGUGCCUGCUGUUCAGUUGUAUAUCGUCGAGGAAAUGGGUCCCUCGUAUCUGGAACCUCCGCAGUUUAACUUGCAGGAAUCGUACAACGACAGCAACUGCUGUUCGCCGUUAGUUUUUAUCUUGUCAGCGGGUUCGGACCCCAUGGCGGGGCUGGUGAGGUUUGCUGCUGAUAAAGGCAUCGAUAAAACCAGCCUCAUGACCAUAUCGUUGGGGCAAGGACAGGGACCUAUCGCUGCCCAAAUGAUCAACACGGGUCUGGAAAAUGGCCAGUGGGCCGUUCUACAAAACUGUCACUUGGCGGAAAGUUGGAUGAGAGAACUGGAUAGGAUUUGCGAUGAAGUUAUCGUACCAGAAAACACCAACACGCAUUUCCGCUUGUGGCUGACAAGCUACCCCAGUAAAGCGUUCCCUGUGGCUAUAUUACAAAACGGGGUGAAAAUGACUAACGAAGCGCCCAAAGGCUUGAGACAGAACUUGCUGAGGUCGUACAUGUCAGAUCCAAUUUCUGAUCCUUCAUUCUAUGACGCCUGUCCCAAUCGGAAGGCCUUCCGAACGCUGUUGUUCGGUCUCUGCUUCUUCCACGCCCUGGUGCAGGAGAGGAGGAAGUUCGGGCCUUUGGGCUGGAAUAUUCCGUACGAGUUCAACGAGUCCGAUCUUAGGAUAUGCGUUUUACAGCUACAAAUGUUUUUAACUGAUUAUGUGGACGUACCUUACCAAGCCUUGACGUACUUGACGGGAGAAUGCAAUUACGGUGGUAGGGUGACUGACGACAAAGACAGGCGAUUGUUAAACUCGCUGCUUUCGAUAUUCUACACUCCUGAGACUGUCACAGUGCCAAACUAUUCUUUUUCGGCGAGUGGGAUAUACUAUGUACCAUCCGACACCACCUAUGAUGGCUGCGUUUCUUAUAUCCGAUCUCUACCGAUUAUCCCCAUGCCGGAAGUCUUUGGUUUGCAUGAAAACGCUGAUAUUACUAAAGAUAAUCAGGAAACUCAAAUACUUUUGGAGGGCGUCUUGAAAACCCAAACUCAAAUAACGUCCGGCGGCGGAGGCGAAGACACCCAGGACAUGAUAAUCGACCUGGCCAACGAUAUACUGGGAAAGGUACCGAACGUUUUCGAUAUCGAAGACGUCAGCAAGAAGUACCCCGUAAUGUACAGUAACUCCAUGAACACCGUUCUGAGACAGGAGUUGAUCAGGUUCAACAGAUUGGUAGCCGUGGUGAAACGAACCCUUAGAGACAUGAUCAAAGCGGUGAAGGGGCUGGUGGUGAUGUCCUCGGAGCUGGAAGAGACUUGCAGCGCUCUGGUGGUGGGGAAGGUGCCCUCAGCUUGGGCAAGCAAGAGCUAUCCCAGUUUGAAACCGCUCGGGUCGUACGUAGCAGAUUUGAUAGUCAGAUUGAAGUUUUUCCAAAACUGGAUCGAUAAUGGGGCUCCGAACGUUUUUUGGUUGUCCGGUUUCUAUUUUACUCAGUCGUUCUUAACGGGAGUUCUACAGAAUUAUUCAAGGAGGCAGAAGCUGCCGAUUGAUUUGAUACAUUUUGAAUUCUACACGACGAGUUACGAGCAAGAUACCAAAGACCGUUGCUCCAUAGGAGUUUACUGCAAGGGCCUCUUCUUGGAGGGUGCCAGAUGGGACAGAAAGAAAAAAAUGCUAAACGAGUCUUACGCGAAAAUCCUGUUCGAUGUCGUACCGAUAAUGUGGUUGAAACCAGGGAAGAUAUCAGACUACAACCCGUCGCCCUGUUAUACCUGCCCGGUAUACAAAACGAGCGCAAGACGAGGCGUGCUGUCGACAACCGGCCACUCGACCAACUUUGUUAUGUACACGACGUUCGAUUCUAACCUGCCCGAGAAACACUGGAUCAACAGGGGUGUCGCCGCUCUAUGCCAGCUCGACGACUAG